UUAGCCUUGACACGAUAUCCACCAUACGCGCAGCUACAUUGUUUCAAACGCGGUCCACAACCUGAUAUUUGUAUUUCGGGAAUGCGGAGACAAUCUGUUCGAAGUUAUGUGAAAUAGACAAGUUCACAAUAAUCGUUGUAACCCGCCGUGCGUAGUUCUGUCGCAGUUCAAAAUAAAAUAAGACGUGGCAACUUUCCCAUUAUCAUGAGAGUAAUUUUCGCAUCAGUAUUGUAUCUUCUGGCAAGUGUGUUUGGAAAUCCCGCACCUCAUACAGUACCAGCGCAGUUACCUGGUGUAGUAACUUAUGGCCUACCUUCACAAGGUCCUGGGACGACAGCGCCAUAUGGAAAUACCGCACCUCAAACAGUACCAGCCCAGUCUCCUGGUGUAGUCGUCUAUGGGGUAACUUCCCAAGGUCCUGGGACGACAGUGUCAUAUGGAAAUCCUGCACCACAAAUGGCACCAGCGUUGAUACCUGGUGGAACAGCUUCUGUGUCAACUUCAUCAACUCCUGCGGCAGGAAAGUUUCUGUAUGGUACGCCAGUGACUGCAGUUGGAGGCAAUGUUCCUGCAGUUGUUUUACCAAGUCCUGCGGUAGGCGUGGGCCAACCUGGUACGCUAGUGGUUCCAGUUGGAGGCAUUGUUCCUGCAGUUGUUUCACCAGGUCCUGCGGUAGGAGUGGGCCAGCCUGCGUUAUGGGCAAAUCAGGCCUGUAAGUAUUAUGGCCAAACCUGCCUGCCCUUGGAAUCUUGCCCCCGGAAGCUGAGGCUGCCGCUAACGGGCUGCGACUACAAUACUGUCUGCUGCAACAUCAAGAAAACCAAACACUGCUCCAAGGUUGGCGGAGAAUGCCGCUGGAGAUGCAAAGGACAUGGAGUUCCUUAUCAUUACGCCAGCUGCGCAAAGGGAAUUUUCAAGUGCUGCAUAUACGUGCAAAAGAAGAAGGUCUAAAGUCAUUGGCACGCGACAUGCAUUUCUUCGUGGGGUUUGGCGUGGAGAGUUUUCAACUACUAUUCGUAUGGAGCAAUAAAAAAUUCACC